GUCGUCAUAGAUGUAUUGGUGAAUCAUUCGCUUAUGUACAAAUUAAAACAAUCCUUGCUAUAUUGGUUAGAACAUUUAAUUUGGAAUUACAUAAUAAUAAAUUUCCUGAAUGUGAUUUUACCACUAUGAUGGUUCUACCUAAAAAACCUAUG